AUCGCUGCCACACGCUGCCAUCUUUGUCGUUUCUUGGCGUGGUGCGUGGCCGGCUAGAUUUCAGAUUUUUAAGUAUAUAGUCGUAUUUAUGUGACUUGUGUUUUUGAGUGUAGAAGUUACAUAAAGAGUUUAAACAUGAGUACGGACAGUAUCGAAAAGUUAUACAAAAAUUUUGGCAUUUUGGCUGAUGCCAAGGACAAAUUGGCGGAGCAUGAAAAGGAAUACUUAGAGAUUCUAACAGCAGUGAAGGGAUCACCCAAGGAAAAGCGAUUAGCAUCGCAGUUCAUUGCAAGGUUUUUCAAAUAUUUUCCAAAAUUAGCUGAUCAGGCUAUAGAUGCUCAUUUAGAUCUAUGCGAAGAUGAAGACAUGGCUAUUAGAAAACAAGCUAUUAAAGAUUUACCUGCUCUGUGUAAGGAUAAUAAAGAACAUACUGCUAGAAUUGCAGACAUUUUAGCUCAAUUGCUCCAAGCUCAAGAUCCAUCUGAGUUAGCUGUAGUUCAUAAUAGCGUUAUGUCUCUUAUGAAAUCUGAUCCAAAAGGUACCAUAAGUGGGUUUUUCAGUCAAAUUAUUAAUGGAGACGACGGAACACGCGAGCGUUGCAUUAAAUUUUUAGCAACAAAAUUGAAAGCUAUAGGUCAUGAUGUUAUUAUUAAGGAACCGGAAGAUCUGUUAAUUUCGGAGUGUAAAAAAGUAUUACAAGAUGUAACUGCAGAUGAGUUUCAUAGUAUUAUGGAAAUAUUAGCUUGGACUAGAUUAGGUUCAACGGUUAAUGGACAACAAGAAUUAGUAGAUAUCACGGUAGAACAAGCUGAAUUGUCUGAACCAUUUAAACAUACUAAUAUCGAACAAUGGAAUAGGCUUGUACAAUGUAUUAAACAUGCACUUCCAUUUUUUAGCUCCCAAAUAGAUUCGUCGCGAUUUGUUUCUUACAUUUGUAUGCAAGUUUUACCGCAUCUCUCUUUAAUCACUGCACCAGAUGGUAGAGACAUACAAUUGGAAUUAUUAAAGCUUCUUGCUGAGUUAGUUGUAUUUUGUGGGACAAUUGAUAAGCCAGAAGAAAAAGUGCAACAACUUUAUAAUACUCUUAUAACGUACAUGCCGCUUCCACCAGCUACGGAAAUAACCGAAGUACCAAAACUGCAGUUUAGUCACGUCGAGUGUCUUAUGUAUGCCUUUCAUAAAUUAUGCAAACAAGCACCAGAAUGUCUAAUGAAAGAUCCAGAACAAUUGAAAGAAUUUAGAUUAAGAUUACAAUAUUUCGCCCGUGGUAUUCAAGGUUACAUAAAAAAAUUACGGGAAGCAAUUAGUGGAAAAUCGGAAGAAGAAUUAAAAUCAGAGGAAAAUCAGUUAAAAGUUGUUGCUCUGAAAACGACAAAUAAUAUUAAUACUUUGAUUAAAGAUCUAUUUCAUUCGCCGCCUAGCUUUAAAAGUAUCAUACAUCUUUCAUGGAAAACAUCGAUCAAUGAUAAAAAGAAUGAAAAGCAUUCACCUAUCCAGAAGAGACAUACUCCAAUUACAUUUGGCAAUGAUAGCAAUUCAAAUAAACGUAGUAAAGAAGAUAAAAGUAAGAGAGAACUAUAUACUCCACCUAGUGGAAAGUACAGUUCGAACAUAUCAUCAAAUUAUGGUCGAGGUAGAUUUAGAGGAAAUAGGUCGGGUGGCAGAGGUGGCUACAGGCCAAGAGGUCGCGGUACAUGGAGAAAAAAUUUUUAUUAACUACUUGACUCUUAUUACAUUGUUAAAAAGCAUGAAAUGGCAAGAACUGCAAUAAUACGAAAGACUAUAACAGGCCUGUAAAAUGUACAUACAAAUGAAGAACAUAAAAGUGACUAUUUACAGAGAGUGCUCUUAACAGAAGUGACAAAAAAAAUGUAACUUUUCUUGUUUUAUAAAUGUAGUGUAAAAGAAGUGUUUUUGUGAAAGCUUUAAAUAGCUAUACAAGUUUUGAUUAUAAAAUCAUAAAAACCAAUUGUUUGCUAAACACUUGAAGAAGAGAACAUUCGUGUGACAUAAUAUACUCAUGGUGUUGUAAGGAGUUUUUUUUAUACAUGCAUCGUUAAGUCGGAUGAUAACUAAGAUUUGGAGAGAUAUGAACUUGCAGAAAGUGAAUAAACACAUUGAGAGAAGAUACAAGAUCAAUGCAGUGGAUUUUGGAGUGUACGCAUGGUAGCACAUAAACAAAGUAAUAAAACGGAAAAGGUGCGAAGACAGUUUGUUAACCAUUCAAAGAGGUCGAAGAAACAUCAGGCGUUGAAACAAAGAGUGCUACACGUUUCAAGCUGAAUAUUUCAAACUUAAAACUGUACAAUGACUGGCUUGUGCUACGAUAUGGACAUUGGUGUCACACAUAUUUACAAAAGACAGACAAUUUUUCUCUUCCACAACAAUUUUGAACGUUUAAAUAGUAUCGAAGUGUAUUCCUAACCUUUGAUUCUUCCUUCUCCUAUUCCCCGAUCCUGUUUUAUUAUUUCUUUGUUAGCAGGAAACAAAGGUCAGAGCAACUAGAAGGACUUGGAUGAAGCAAUACGUGGUCGAUUAAAUCAGAGAAACUCUGAGACUAUUUCUGUUUUCCAUUUUUAAAUUAAUAAAUUAUAUGUAUAUAUACUUCUUUCUA